GGUCGACCACCCUUAGUGCCCGUGGUCGCCAUUUUUGUACAUUGUAGAAUGCGAAAAGUCAAACAUCCCAGCGAAUGCGUUUCGUGAGUGAAAAUGUGCUAAUAAAGUGAUAUUCUUGCGCAAAAACGGCGUUUCAGUGUGUACCAGCAUGAAGCCGUGCUGCGACAAGAGUAAGACGAUGGCGGACAGUGCGGUGAAUGUGCAGAAAACGGAUGAUAAAUAUUGUACGCAUCAGCAGCAACAGCGAACAAGUGCAGCGGUAACCACCAGCAGUGGUGACGGGGGAUCAAGCAAUAAUAAUAACACGAACAACAAUAGCAGCAACAGGAGCGGCAGCGACUGCCUGGCGCAUUCGACAAAAACACAUCCGUCGGUUUCGUCCACUGCGGUUAGCAGUGCGAAAACAGGCGCGGAUUCUACCACCAACGCUACAGUGAAUUUUACCACCACAACAGCAUCAUUAGCACCGUCAUCAACAAGCGCAGCAGUGGCAGUUGUUGCUGCUGCCGCCACGGUGGGUGCGGGGAAGAUGGUUGUGGAAAAUGAGCAGGCUCCCAAAAAUCACGUAGACCAAACGACGGUGAAAAUGAGUGCUAAAAAUAAUGAAAAAAGUUCGACACCGGUUAAGGACACCCAGCAGAGCAGUGUUCGGAGUUCCGAUAAUGGAUUAAGUAAAAGUCACAAAAAGAAAAAAAGUAAAGAUAAAGAUCGCGAACGAGAUCGAGAUCGGGAUCGCGAUCGUGACAGAGAUCAAGACAGAGAUCGAGAGCGUAAUAGAGAUCGCGAAAAGGAGCGGGAUCGUGAUAAGGAUCGUAAAAGGCGUCGUUCGGAGGAUGACACUUCCGGCAUGGGUAAUUGUAAGCGCGGUAUCAAGGAUAGCAGCAGCACCAGCAAUUCUUCGCGCUCGGAAUCGGUUGUAAGUACCGCGGAUCCUUUAUCAGAGCCACCGGUUGCUUCGCCGGCCUUUGCCGGGACAGCGUUAGGCCAGAACAAAGAAAACCACCAUCAACAACAGCUAGCCGGCUUUGCGGCGGCACACCAAACGAUCAAGCGCGAACUCUCGAUCGAGACGGCUUCCUCGAUCACAGUGCCGAACGCGGCGUCCGCUACAGCAUUGCUCCUGGAGCAUAGUGCUGCGGCCAUCGUGUCACCUGUUGCAGCAGCAGCCGCCGCUGCUGCGGCUUCCAUUUCCGGCACACCGAUAUCGCCCGUCAAUUUGCUGUUAAACUUGGAGCGCAGCAAAAAUGAGCUUGCUAGCGUGAAAAAGCAGGACGUUUUUAUCAAGAAAGUGUACCUCCCGGCCAAGAACAAACUAACCAAGCCGGAAAAAACACGCGACGAUGUGACGAGAGCGUUAAACUUUGGCACCGAAGGUGGACCGGAUGGGGUGGACACAUCGGCACCAACGGGAGCGACGGUGGCGGCCGAAGCGACGACAUCGAUACCGACGGUUAAUGGCAGCGGUGGUACCAUCGGUUCGCCGGGCCAUGCCGUUAGUAACAACACGAGUAGCCUCAUAUGCGUUGCAAACAACAUUGCAACCAACCUCAGCAACAACAGUACAACUGCAUCCAGCAACUUAAUAGCAACUAGCAAUAAGUCAAAUUCAAACAUAUUAAUCAAGCUUGAGUCACCGAAAAAUGUGGAAGAAAAGGUAGACAUUAAGAAAGAGCCGUUGAAUCAUCACAUCCAAACGACGGAAACUAGUUCCCCAUUGAUGGAAAGUACACCAAUCAAUGGUGGACCAAUGGAGGAUCAGAAAGACAAACUUUUCAACGGUACAGCUGACGGUGUGGAUUACAAGGAAAGUUCAGUCCUCAUUAAAAAAGAGGAAUCACAAUUGGGUGCCAAUCCAACAACGGAAACGCCUGUAAAAACCAUCCAUUCAGCAUCGGACAGCACAAAGCCAGACGGUGCGGGCAGUGUGCAUAAGCUUGGCAGCACUUCUUCAGCACACAAAAGUGCCAGCGGCCGGGAAUGCUCACGGUGCUACAAAAGAUCGAAAAUUAAGCGCGCCAACAUAGGCAUCCAAUGUCGGCGAGGUACAGCAUCCGGGGCAGCAGCUCAAUCACAAGAUGGUGGAAAUGAAUCUUCGGCAAGGAUCGGGUCAAUUAAUCGGAACGCAAACUGUUGUCAGCUUCGUGCGAAGCAACUCGACGGCUUGAAGUAUGGUCGGUUCAUGCGUAUCGAAGUUCAUCCCAACGGUGGCGCCUCGGUGGUGCACAUGUAUCAGGACGAAAUAAGCGUACUUUCCGAGUCGGAGAUGGAAGAGUUGGUGAAAGAAUUUUUCCAGGUAGUGUUUGCCGAAGACGAGGAUGGUUACGCACAUCAUGUAAUGGGCAUUGUGCAUGAUGCGGCCGCAUACUUGCCUGAUCUGUUGGAGCAUAUGGCCGAAAAUUAUGCUAACCUUACGGUUAAGUCAGGCGUUCUGGGGCGCAAUUCGGACAUUGAAACAUGCACAAUGAGUCAGUACAAUGAGCAGGUGGUUAAAAAUUAUUCCCAUGGUACUGUUCGUUACGGGCCAUUGCAUCAGAUAAGUUUGGUUGGGAAAGUGCACGAGGAAGUCGGUGGAUAUUUUCCCGAUCUUCUUAAACGUCUGGAAGAUAAUCCAUUCCUAAGCAAGGCAAUGCCUUGGGGAGAUUUGUCGAUCGUGCAGAUGGAUCCACGAUUAUCGAACGAUGGACCAAUCUUAUGGAUACGGCCAGGCGAACAGCUUGUUCCUACGGCUGAGAUUAAUAAAACUCCAUUAAAGCGUCAGAGAACACGUAUAAACGAGCUACGAAACUUGCAAUACCUUCCGCGGCUUUCGGAAGCACGUGAAACCAUGAUCGAAGAUCGCACCAAAGCACAUGCUGACCAUGUCGGGCAUGGGCACGAUCGCAUGACAACUGCUGCCGUCGGUGUGUUAAAAGCGGUCCGUUGUAGCAUACCGGACGAUCUAAAUCGCAUAACGAAGGAUGUCGUUGCGUUCGAUGCGCACUGUUUCCCCCAUCUGGUGGAAAAACUACAACUCGAUCUUCACGAACCACCCAUAUCACAGUGCGUACAGUGGGUAGAAGAUGCCAAGCUGAAUCAGCUGCGCCGGGAAGGUAUUCGCUACUCGAGAAUUUCGCUGUACGAUAACGAUAUCUACUUCUUACCCCGCAACAUAAUACAUCAGUUUCGCACGGUAACGGCGGUAACGAGCAUCGCAUGGCAUUUGCGCCUGAAGCAAUACUACCCGGACCAGGACGUGGUGCAAGAGAUAGCCAAUGGCUACGAGGUGGAUCCGCCACACUACAAAGAGAAGCAAACUAUUCUACCUCAUCCGGUGUCAGCGGAUGAGAAAAAGCAUACGCCGAUGAAGCGUACGCACGAUGGGAAACCAAAGAAGGUGGAGCUUAAAAAGGAACCGCUGCCCACCGUUCCACAUCCAUUGCCGGCAGGUGCAACGGGACAGAACUGCACAGAGAAGUCACCGAACGUGGAAGACACAGCAGACAGUUGCGCGUUGAAGGAGGCGAAGAUCGAUAUGAGAAAGCUGAUACGGGACGAUAAGAUUGCGUCAAGCGAUUCACUACGUACACCAAGCAAAUCCGGAAGCGGCACUCACACUUCCAGCAAGGGUUCGGAGAAGAAGGUGAGUAACAGUAAAAGCGGCAGUACGAGCAACAGUCGCACGAGUUCUCCGCUGCCGACGCAUAAGAACAAAAUCGAGGACAGCUUGAGCAGUAGCAAAGGUGGCAAACAUUCUUCAAGCAGCGAUCGUAAUCGAGACAGAGAACGUGAUCGCGAUCGUAACCGUGACCGGGAUAAGCGAGAUCGCGAGAAGAAAGAACAGCGAAGCAGGGACAAAGAACGCGAUCGUGAUCGUGAAAGAACCCGUGAUCGAGAUCGCGACCGAGAGCAGGAUCGUGAGAAAGAUCGAAGACAUCACAAACACCACUGCAGUUCGUCCUCAUCGUCUAGCCGCAAGUCGUCGACCUCAUCGUCUUCACACAAGUCUCGCCACGGAAAGUCGGGCACCGGCGAAGGAAACAAUCAUGGCAGUAAAUCGUCGUCUCACUCAACACCUUCUUCGCAUAGCAGUAGUGCAAGUAGCAGUCGGCGUGAGUCCACCUCAAGCAUGACUCGCGAGAAGGAACAACUGGUUGGGCCACUGUCAAUGGUGCCACCGAUUUCGACGGAAGUUGAAAUCGACCCGGCUGUAAAUCCUCUCAGUGCAACGACCGAUUCCUAUCCAGUUGAUUCGCCUAAUAAAGUUCCCACAGCGAAAAAGGUGGAAUCGAACGGUACUACUGAGGAGAAUCGAGCGAAAUGUUCUAACGAACAGAUACAGUCGGUAAAGAAGGAUGAAGGUACGAAAAAGAUUGAAGGAGAUCAACAUGAGCGACGAAAUGAUAGUUGCCCGCACAACUUUGAGACUGUGAUAGCUUCAAGCGAGGCAGCGAAGGCAAUGGUGUCCCCAAAGGAGCCCAACACGGUCCCACAGCCAAACGAUGGUAACGUUACUACAAAGGCAGAGAAGCGAAAGCAGGAGCUGGAAACACGAACGAAUGGGGACUGCAUCGCCGCAGAUACUCAACACAUGUCCCCGGCGGUACAGCGGAUAGCAACAGCUGAGAAUAGUACAGUGACUCCUGUGCCUCCGGUGCAUCCACAAGUUCAACCGCCACUACCUAUCUCAUCGCCUCCAUUAGUCCCGCCGCCACCGCCCCCACAAGACCACCGUGAAGUGCAGACGCCAAGCGCAACACGGGAGCAAAGUUCUCCCUCUGCCGUUGAUGUGAGGAAAAGUAUUCAACCGACCGAUGCUAGCCAUCCGAGCAUUAGCAGCAGCAGUAGUAGCCAUAGUUCUUCUAGCACCAGAAACAGUAGUAGUAGUGGUAGUAGUAACAGUAGAGACCCCACUAGUGAUAGUACCAAAAGCGGCAAUACCUGUACCACUGAUCGAAAUAUCGAUGCAACUGUGCAACACGGCAUAAAACAAUCCAAUGAUUUACUGAGCACGAUAAUGGCCAGCAUGGAAGGAUCGACGAACCGUAGUGCUACAAACUUUUAAUCGCCGGCGAACAAUCUGGUUGUUUGCAGCACUGGACGAAUGGAAAGGUUUUUUUUUCAUAUUAUACCUUAGCUUUUUGGUAAGGCUUAAUGUGUGAUGAUGAACGGGAAAGUGCUCAUCAUUCCUCUAUAUUAUCUUACAUUUUAAUGAGACUAUUUGUUGCUCAUAUUGAUAAUGCAACUGUUUUUGGUUUUACGCUUUGUUUGAAACCCUUUUAUUUGGUGUCCCACCGUAGGACCAUUCGAAAUUUUGAUUCGUUUUUGUGCAAUAGCCCGUUUACUAGAACGCUACUACGGUUCAUAUCUUACGUUUUGGUUCUAUUUUGAUCUCGUUUAAGGUACUGUAUGUGUUUUAUGUGAUCAAUAAUGCAGCCUUUCGUGUACCGAUUUGCUCUCCGGUAAUCGCCAUGGUUUAGAGUGCUGCUCACUCAUGUUUGAUGAGCAAUUUUUGUGCGAAACGAAUGAACAAAUCAGUUUGUUUCUCGCACGAAUUGACUCAUCGGAUGAUCAAAUCUUUGAACCAUUAGCAUACGGCUUUAUUAUUAAUCCAUGGUAUAUUUAUAUAUACAUCUUCAUAUCUAGUUUUGCUGGUAAUUGUGACUUGUUUAGGCUAUAUUAUUUUAAUAUCAACUUAAAAUGAUGUGUAUAGCAGUUUUAUGUUAAUGUUAUUCUACGCCAAGCAGAACCGAAGCUUAUAAAUGUAGUUAGUGAUUUAUGCUGCUUUAGUGUUUAGUCGCAAACGCUCGUACCGCAGUGAGGGAACGUGUUUUGAUGGAUUAAAAAACAAACAAACAAAAACAUAUACUGUACAUGAGAUGCGUAAAGAAAAGAUGACUUUUACAAGCUGCUAAUCUCGAUGUUAGAGUUAUAGACGUUUGCUGCUGAAAAGUGAAAUGGAAAGGACGUUCUUUUUUGUAAGAAAGUGAAUGAAGCGGUGAUGAUGUGUGGUGUAAAACCGAAUUGCUCCCCGUAACAGUAGCAGCAGCGUUGAUCAAUCAGUUCAUUGCCCAAUUAUUUCGUUUAAUGGUAUAAUUUAUAUAAUUUAUAUUUUAAUUUAAAUGCUUAAGUUCUGCCCUGCCUGUUUUAACUACUAUGACGGUAUCUUUAACGAUCAGUAAUGCUAGAGCUUAGUUUCGCUUCCGGCAGUUUAAUCUUAAGUUGUGUCAUGUGCUAACAGUAGCCUUUCGGAAAAAUGUGCACAUAUUUGUUACUGUGGCAAAGUAUGUACGGAUUUGCUAUUAAACAUUUUCUCAGAAAAAUUUUAAUAUAAAUAUUGUUGAAAAUUUGUGCAAAUGAUUAGUAAUGUGCGGUCUGGGGCGGCUAGAGACGAAGCACCCACGGCAGGCAUUGGAAUUGGCUUAGGCUCGUACAAUAGAUGGUAUUGUUAACACAAACACACCCCGCAAAUAUUGAAUAUACAACCUAUCUGAUUA